GUGACCACAUCUACGUCCAUUCUCAUGCUUCGACUCCUACAGAGCUUCUGGAUGCGAUGUGUCGCCAUGUCAAACGCAAUAAUCUCUCUGAUAUUCGACCAUCACAUAUCGUUCUAAGAGGAAAAAUACCUUGGACUGAGAAGGAAUAUUGGGACAGCAUCCGUUCGAACUGUCUCUUCAUAUGUGCAAAUUUGCGGAGCCUAGUGAAUCAAGGUCACGCCGAUUACACUCCUGUAUUUCUCUCACAAAUUCCCUCACUUUUCUAUAGCAGAGAAUUACCCGUGGAUGUAGCGCUGAUUUCCGUAAGCCCUCCAGAUAAACGAGGAUUUUGCACAAUGGGGGUAGACAUUGACUGUUCCAGAGCUGCAGCAAGUAAUGCAAAGAAAAUUGUAGCUCUGGUAAACCCAUCUUUGCCACGAACCCACGGUGACACAUCUAUCCACAUCUCACAAAUCGACUACAUGGUAGAAGUAAAAGACCGUGAUGUUCACGCGAAACCAGACGGAAAGGAGCCCAGUCAGGUCGAAAAAACAAUCGGAAAAUUGAUAGCUGAGAAUCUAGUCGAAGAUGGAGCCACUUUACAAUUAGGCAUUGGCACUUUGCCGGACACAACAUUGGCGGCUAUGAAAAAUCACAAAGAUCUCGGAAUUCACACAGAAGCAGUGGGAGAUGGUGUGAUAGAUUUGAUAGAAAUGGGUGUGAUAACAGGUUUGAAGAAAUCGAUAUUGCCAGGAAAGAUCGUGACUAGUUAUGCUUACGGAACAAAGCGAUUCUAUGAACUCAUUGACAACAAUCCUCUUUUUUACUUCGAGAGCUGUGAGUUCACGAAUCAUCACGAAGUGAUUCGAUCAAAUGCGAAAAUGACCACUGUGAACGCUUGCAUUGAAAUCGACCUUUCUGGCCAGAUUGCCUCCGAUUCGAUAGGAAAUACUCUUUACUCAGGGUUCGGUGGCCAAGUAGAUUUCGUCUCAGCUUCAGCAACAGCUCAUGAUGGUCAAGGCAAAGCGAUCAUAGUGCUUCCAUCGCGAACGUCAAAAGGGAAACCAAAGAUAGUUUCUUCCCUGACAGAGAGUGCAGGAGUCGUCACAACACGAGGGCACACUCACUACAUAGUUACAGAAUACGGAAUUGCGGAUCUAUUCGGGAAGAACAUUCGGCAACGAGCUUAUGAACUGAUUCGGAUCGCACACCCUGAUGACCGGGAAAAUCUCGAAAAAGCAGCUUUUGAGCGAUUCAAAUGUAUGCCGUCAAAAAAUUAG